UGUAGAAUGCAUCUAUUACAGGAUCCAACAGUUUCAUCAUUCUUUAUUUUUGGUCUUUGACAUGAACAUGUGUGAACACAAGACAAACGGCGCGUGCAUGUACGCGCGUAUGUGAGCGAGUGAAAUUUCUACAAAAACACUCCUUUUUUGGCGGUUCUUUCUUACAGUGACCUUUUAUCGAUGAACAAGGUUCUUCAGUUAGGUCUCCAGAGCUCCGUCGUCCAAGCCGCCAAGUUUCUGGUGGUGGUGCCCUUUAGGAGCUUAAGAUUUGGUUCAUCAAUCGUUAGUGUUAGAGUAGGAACAAGCAGUUUCAACAAGAGGCUUAUGUCAAAUGCUACAUCAAAGUCUGUACCUUUAUCCAUCAACAACAGCAAGGGAAAGCCAAUGAAGCGAAGUGAUAAUGACAUUGAGGCAAUGACGGUUCAAGAACUUAGAGCCACAUUGAGGAAACUUGGACUACCUGUGAAGGGACUCAAAAAGGAACUUAUCUCAACUUUAAAACUUCAUAUGGACAACAGUUCACAAGAUGAAAGUUCUGGUGCAGAGAAAAUGGAGACCACUUCAUCCACCCUUUCAGAGAGUGUCACUAUCAAAAGAAAAACCAGAAACCAGGAAGAGGCUGAUGAUGAUUAUUAUGGCAAUGACAAUGGAGAGAAGAAAGUUAAACAGUCCACUGAGAAAAACUUGAAAGUGAAAGUUUCUUCAAAAGAGGAAGAAGCAUCACUGACCAUUGUCGUCUCAUCCUCCAAUCAAAGUGAACCGUGGACGGUACUUGCUCAUAAGAAGCCUGAGAAAGACUGGAAAGCUUAUAACCCAAAGACAAUGAGACCUCCUUCUCUACCAGAAGGCACCAAGUCUGUGAAGAUUAUGACUUGGAAUGUUAAUGGACUGAGAGCAUUGUUGAAGUUAGAGAGCUUCUCUGCUCUUCAGCUUGCACAAAGAGAAGAUUUCGAUGUGUUGUGCUUGCAGGAGACUAAAAUCCAGGUGAAGGAUGUUGAGGAGAUCAAGAAAGCACUUAUUGAAGGCUAUGAUCAUAGUUACUGGUCCUGCAGCGUCUCAAAACUUGGUUACUCUGGAACUGCUAUUAUCUCACGGAUAAAACCACUCUCGGUUAGAUAUGGUACUGGUCUAUCUGGAUCAGACCAUGACACGGAAGGACGCAUUGUGACUGCAGAGUUUGAAUCAUUCUACUUGAUAAACACUUAUGUUCCUAACUCUGGAGAUGGCUUGAAAAGACUGUCAUACAGGGUUGAAGAAUGGGAUCGAACCCUCAGCAAUUACAUCAAAGAGCUGGAGAAGACUAAACCUGUAGUCUUGACUGGUGAUCUAAACUGUGCUCAUGAAGAAAUCGACAUCUACAAUCCUGCGGGGAACAAAAGAAGUGCUGGUUUCACAAUAGAAGAAAGACAAUCAUUUGGAGAAAACUUCUUGGAGAAGGGCUUUGUGGAUACUUUUAGAAAGCAGCAUCCUGGUGUUGUUGGUUAUACUUAUUGGGGUUAUCGCAGUGGUGCACGCAAAACCAAUAGAGGAUGGAGACUGGACUACUUCUUGGUGUCUGAAUCGAUUGCAGGCAAUGUCCAUGAUGUCUUCUCAGUGUGCGCAUAUCAUUACAGUAAACUCCUUUCUCGCUCCCCAUGCACAUAGUCUUUCUCUUAAUGUCUUUAAAACUCUGUACGCUACUUUUCCACGUUCUAUACUUGAGCACCAACACUUGUGCUUUAGAGAAAUUUGUGAAGGGUUUUACUUAUGUCAGCAAAGGGAGAACUACAAGAAACUGAGUUACACAAAGCUGUCUAUGCCAUUAGUUAGAUCCUAUGCGCAUGCAUGCAGAUGCAUGCAUUUGCCUGGCGAAAGGGCCUCAACAGUCAACAUGACUUGGGGUUAUACGGACGGCUAAAAAUAGCUUAUACGAUCAUUUCAACCAUUAUUUGUUGGUUUAUCUGUACGUUUGUAUAAUGAUUUUAUUCUUAAUAACAGACAAUAUAUUUGUUAAAUAGAAAAGAAAACGUUGCACUAACU